AUGGCUGGAAACAAAAUGCUCUGUAGGCCUAGGAGACAAUGCCUUUCCCAUUCCAAAAGAGCAGAGCUGCAGUUUCCUGUCAGCCACUUGGAACACUGCCUAUGAGAAAGUCAGCAUACCUGGCGCCUGAGCUCAACCACACCUGUUUUCCUGGCUGGUGUUCUCGAGUACCUGACAGCCAACAUCCUGGAAAAGGUGGGCAAGGAGGUCAAGAACAGCCGCAGGAUGUGCAUCACCCCACAACACGUGAAGAGGGCACUGCAAAAGGAUGAGCAGCUCAGAUGGAUCUUGGAAGAUGACACCCACUCUCAAGUAGAAGAAAUGCCCCAACCUGAGGAGGAAGAGGAGGAGGAGGAGAAGGAGGAAGAGAUGGUGGUGGUGGUGGUGAUGGGGGGAAGGAGGAGGAGGAGGAGAAGAAGGAGGAGGAAAGAUUCCUGA